AUGAAUUGGCGAUCAGAACAUAUAUGGAUAGAACCUAUAAUGGGGUCUCGAAAAACAAGUAAUUUUUUCUGGGCCUGUAUCCUUUUUUUAGGUUCACUAGGAUUCUUAGUGGUUGGAACUUCCAGUUAUCUUGGUAGGAAUCUGAUAUCCGUAUUUCCAUCUCAGCAAAUUAUUUUUUUUCCACAAGGGAUCGUGAUGUCUUUCUAUGGGAUCGCAGGUCUAUUCAUUAGCUCCUAUUUGUGGUGCACAAUUUCAUGGAAUGUAGGUAGUGGUUAUGACCGAUUCGAUAGAAAGGAAGGAAUAGUGUGUAUUUUUCGUUGGGGAUUUCCUGGAAUAAAUCGUCGCAUCUUCCUUCGCUUAUUUAUGAGAGAUAUCCAAUCCAUCAGAAUGGAGGUUAAAGAGGGUCUUUAUCCUCGUCGUGUCCUUUAUAUGGAAAUUAGAGGCCAAGGAGCCAUUCCCUUGACUCGUACUGAUGAGUAUUUUACUCCACGAGAAAUUGAACAAAAAGCUGCCGAAUUGGCCUAUUUCUUGCGCGUACCAAUUGAAGUAUUUUGA